AUGGCUGCGAGAGCGCUGCUCUUCCUUUCGCUCCUUUCACCUGCCAUGGACAUCAGCGACCCCACCAGUGUCAACUACGGGAGCCACCUGUCUAAAGAUGAGGCAGAGAGUUUCGCAGCGCCAGCGCCAGAGACUGUUCAAGCGGUUAACGCAUGGCUUGCGCAGCAUAACGUGACAUCGCAGACCAAUUCUCCCUCGGGAGACAUGCUACGCAUUGUCGUCCAUGUCGACACCGCGAACGCUUUGGUUAACGCCAACUAUACCCUAUCAUUGGAUCCGGGGACAAAUUCGACCGUUUAUACAACAAGCUCCUACUCAAUCCCGGCAGAACUACAGCCGCACAUAGCAUUUGUGUACCCCACUACGAAGGUUUUGCCUGCGGUGGUCAGCAAUCCUAAGAUUCGGGUAGUUCAGGCACCCAAGGCGUCCAACGAGACCCGAUCCAGCCGAUCGGAUGUUCCUUCUUCAUGUGCGCAGAUAACCACUCCACAGUGUCUCCAGGCACUCUACAACAUUCCUUCCGUCCCGGCGACUGCGGCUGGAAAUAGCCUUGGAGUAAGCGGCUUUUCCAACGAGGUAGCGAAUCAGACCGAUUUACAGCAAUUUCUGGCUGUUCUCCGCCCAGACUUCACCUCUGGAACUUUCAUUGUACAAUCUAUUGACGAAGGUGCCGACAGUGGCCUGGGGACACUCGAAGCCAGCCUCGAUAUCCAGUAUACAACUGGCCUAGCGACGAAUGUCCACAACACGUUCCUGACCGUCGGUAGUCAGAACCAAGAUGGCGUGUCCGGUUUCCUCGACAUUAUCAACACACUGCUCGCGGAAAAGCAGCCCCCUCUCGUUCUCACGACGAGCUAUGACUUCGAUGAGACGUUCUUCCAAGAGAACCCCGAUAUCGCAAAUACUUUGUGCAACGUGUAUGCACAGCUAGGGUCCCGUGGAACAAGUGUCCUGUUUGCUUCUGGAGACGGCGGAGUAGCAGGCAUCUGCCCCAGUAAUACUUGCAAUGCUGACGGAUCUUUCGUACCCACAUUCCCCAGCGGAUGUCCCUACAUUACAUCCGUGGGUAGUACUCAGGGGAACAGUCCCGAGACCGCGGCACAGUUCUCAUCCGGUGGCUUCUCCAACGUUUUUGCAAGACCGUCGUAUCAAACCGCUGCUGUCGAAGCAUACCUGAACACGCUUGGCGACACCAACGCGGGGCUGUUCAACACCAGCGGACGCGCAUACCCUGACGUCUCCACGCAGGGUGUCAAUUUUGCCGUCAACAUCGCAGGAAAAUUUGAAGAGGUAUAUGGAACGAGCGCAUCCAGCCCGACGUUCGCGAGUGUGGUCGCCCUCCUGAACGACCAGCGCCUCAAUGCUGGUAAGGCUCCUCUGGGGUUCCUGAACCCCCUUUUCUACUUGAACACGGCAGCAUUCAACGACAUCACUUCGGGGAGCAACCCAGGGUGCAAUACACAAGGCUUCCCAGCGUCCCCGGGUUGGGAUCCGUGCGGACCUGACGACAUUCUGCUGUUCCUGACUGGUGAGGAGGAGAUCGAAGAUACGUGUCGCAAGAUCAGGCUGGAAGCGGACGACCUCGUCAAUCAGGAUCCGGCUGGCGUCGGCCCACUCGUCUGCAUUCCGCGCUAUUCCUCCCUCCCACCGCAACAACAGCAACGUUUCUUCGACCCGCCACCCCUUCCCCGCGUACCCGACGGGCCGCCCGGUUGGAAAGUCGUGUCGACACCUAUCUCCAGAGCCUCUGCGCAGCAACGCGCAGGACGUGCCGGCCGCACACGGCCCGGGAAUUGCUUCAGGCUGUACACGGAGCGGGACUUCCAGAACGAGGAAGAGGAGCAGACGCACCCCGAGACCCUUAGGAGUGAUCUCGCCAGCACCGUGCUCGAGCUGUCGAAACUUAGCGUUCGGAAUCUGACGCUGAUGGGGGCGUUGGAGUUGCUCAAUUACUUGGCAGCGUUGGACGACGACGGGAUUUUGACGCACCUCGGCUCGGUUAUGGCGGACUUUCCGCUGGGUCCUCGGUUAGACAAGCACGAUAGGAAGUGGUACUGGAACAACUACCUGUCGGGGCGGGCGCUGCAGCAGGCGGAGGCCGUCCGCUCUCAGUUGCAACGGACGGAUGAUGGAGCGGAUGAGCGGAAGCUGUGGCAAAACAUCCGAAAGGCGCUCGUGUGCGGGUUCUUCAUGCAGGUCGCGCACAAGGCUGGCGAGAAGGACGGCUACCUGAGGGUGAAGGACGACCAGGUGGUGUCGCUGUACCCGAGCUGCGGCCUGGACUCGUCACCGGAGUGGGUGGGUUUCAACGAGCUCGUGUACUCGACGAAGGGGUACAUCCGGACUGUUACGGAGGUCCGGCCGGAAUGA